AUGGACCCCGCACAUGAACAAAGCAAAGAUUCAAAUCCGAACACUGAAGAUCCCAAGUCGGAAAAUACCACGACAAUUUCCAGGAACUCUCUGACCUCAAUGGCGAGCGGGACCUCAAUUUCAGAAAUCAAAGACCAUGUCGCCACAGUUUCCGGAGAAAAAGCCACUCUUUUAAAAGAUACUGUCCUUGGAAGCGCUAUACCUGCUGCAGAUGAAGUGUUGCAGAAUGCUAAAAGUGCAAUUGGGAGCAUUGCGUGUGGUCGGAGUGGAUCUGAUGAGACCAGUGCUCUUGAAAAUGGGCAGUUGGUUAACUGGAGGAACUAUAAUUUUCACCUGGCAGUGCCUAAAUUGGAGCAGGAAUAUAUUGAUAAUAUGGAUCCAGAGCGUAUCUCUGAUUUUCUACGAGACAAGUAUAAAAGUCCCUCUGCACCAUCAACGAGCUAG